AUGACACCCUAUCCGGACUUUAAGUUAAAUCACAUGUUCUCGAUGCUGGUAGUAGGCCCGACCCAAUGCGGGAAAACGUAUUUUGUUGAACAGUUGCUAACAAAGAAUUGUAUCAAGUACCCUAGCAAGAAAUCUACACGAAUUUACUGGUUUUAUAACCAAUGGAAACGUUGCUAUGCAACUUUGCAAAGAACGCUGGGUGAUGAGAUAGAGUUUGCCCAAGGUUUACCAGACCUUAGCGAAGAUCUAAGGGAAAUUGACCCCAAGUUUAACAACGUGUUGGUGUUUGAUGACCUCAGCCUGACCACAGAUAGUCCACUACUUUCGCUGUUAUUCACUCAAGGGAGACAUCGCAAUGCGAGUGUGAUAUUAUUGCUGCAAAAUAUGUUUCCCAAAGGAAAAUUCAACACUGAUAUCAGCAGGAAUGCUCAGUAUAUGGUCCUCUUUCGUAGCCCUAGUGAUCGUAAGCAGAUGGAUAUAAUAGCAGAACGGAUUUUUCAAAAGACAAAUCCAACUUUAUGA